AUGGCCCAGUCCCUGAGCCCUACGCUCUCCGAGUCCUGGCUCCUCUUCCCGGGUUGGGGCCCGCCUCGGCCUCUGCCGCCCUCCGACAGGGACUGCGGCUGCUCCCCCGCCUCGUCCCCGGACUCCUGGGGCAGCGUCCCGGCCGGCAGCCCCGAGCUGAGCCCCGGACGGCCCGGCACCCACGCGGCCGCCGGAGCCCGGAGCGCAGGGAGGCGCGGCGCGCGCAGCAGCCGCCUGGGCUCCGGGCAGCGGCAGAGCGCCAGCGAGCGCGAGAAGCUGCGCAUGCGCACGCUCGCCCGCGCCCUGCACGAGCUGCGCCGCUUUCUGCCGCCGUCCGUGGCGCCCGCCGGCCAGAGCCUCACCAAGAUCGAGACGCUGCGCCUGGCCAUCCGCUACAUCGGCCACCUGUCGGCGGUGCUGGGCCUCAGCGAGGAGAGCCUGCAGCGCCGGCGGCGGCGGCGCAGCGACGCGGCGGUGCCUCGGGGCUGCCCGCUCUGCCCCGACGGCGGCCCCGCGCAGACGCAGGUGCAGGUGGAGGCGCGCGCCCAGCUUCUGGGCUCAGCCGCCAGCCCCUCCGCGUCCUGGGGGUCCCCGCCGGCCUGUCUCGGAGAACUAGCGGCGCCGCAGCCGCGCGACCCGACAGUGCUUCAUGACGAGGCGGCGUGUUCGGAAUCGCAGGCAAUGGAGCGGAGCCCCUCGUCUCCGCUCUUUCCCGGCGACGUGCUGUCCCUGCUGGAGACCUGGAUGCCCCUCUCGCCCCUGGAGUGGCCGCCGGCCUGAGUCGAAGUGACGACGUACAAUUGGCGCCCUGUGAGCAUCGAGGCCCUUUUGGCUUUCAGCACCUUCAAAACGGUGCCUCUCCAGACUCCCUUUCCUAGGAGAGGGCACCUGCGAUACUGGCAUGGGCAUUCCUGAGAGCAAGAGCCCGUCCCCACCCAAGACAACUCUCCCCAGCCCCUCCGGCAAUGGAGGGACCCACAGGUUGACCCUUGGAGGCAGGCAGGGGGCGCCUGCCUACUAUGUAUUUAUUUAUUUGUGAAUAAACUGUGCUGGUGUCA